AUGUCAAAAACUCAUAAAUGGACAAUUCACGAAGCAAAGGGUCAAGCUAGAUGGUUUACGCAUAAAGGACCGACCAAUAUGAAUCCAAAGAAGGUAAAGAAAAUGGGCGCCGGAAAGAACAAUUGGGGUCAACCGGGAGAUGAAUUAGAUGAGUUAAAUGAAGAUUUCAACUUCUUCGGUCGCUCAGAAAGAAGAAACUCCAACCAUCAAUUGAAUGAAGCCAACAUGAGAAUCUUGAAUGACAAGUUGGAAACCGAUUUACAAGGUUGA